CCGCCCGCUCUUAUGGGGUCUUCUGCAAGGGGCUGACCCGCACGCUGCUCAUCUUCUUCGACCUGGCCUGGCGCUUGCGCAUCAACUUCCCCUACCUGUACAUCGUGGCUUCCAUGAUGCUCAACGUCCGUCUGCAGGUUCAUAUUGAGAUCCACUGAAGACCUUCUGUGGACUGACGGGCGUGUCCUGGGGCUCAGGGUGUCAGAGACACAGCAUGAGGGACAGACGCAGGCCUCUCUGCACCCGCCUUGCGGAGGAGCAGGGAGCGGGUGCCGCCUCGGACAGAGCCUCAUGCAGAGAACUGUGGAGCGAGAGAAGGCAGGAGGCGAGCCCUGGCCCAGCAGAUGCCGCUUCCUGGGCGAGGAGGCCUGCGGUCGAUGCCCAGGGAGAUCCAGGAAAGGAAGAGUCAUCACGGGAAACAAAGCGUGACCCGCGUGGCGCCAGCCCCUCGCCUCGCAGUGGCCUCGAAGCGCUUCCACGGUGGCAAGCAGCAGUACGGAGAAACUCGGCCUCAGCGGCUGCGCAGAGCAACCCUGCGGGUCUGCCCUCGGCUCCUGCAGGGGAGCGGAGUGCGGGGCUGGCCCGCGGCGUCGGGGAGGCUCUGGGCACGGACUGGCCGCGGGCAGUGCUCAGGCCCCCUGGCGGCCACAGAGGAUGGAGCCUUGGCAGAGAGCCCCGGGGGUCAGGACUGCUGGGCUGGCAGAGAGGGUCCGCAGAGGGGGUUUCUGAGUUUGACCCGCCCCGUGCUCUCCUGGAGAAGCUGGACUCUGCGCUGGCACUCUCUUGCCUGCGAUCCAUCCCGCUGCAUGCUCAUCCCCUAAUAUUCUUGAAUGAUGAGACGAAAAGUGCUUUCCCUGGCCGUUCAGAGCCCAUGUUUUCAGAGCCAAGAGUAGAAUACAAGAAAAUUAUUUCAUGGGAAAAAAGUACCUCAGAUGAUCUGCAGAUAACUGUGGCGUCACUGGCUGCACAAGCUUUUGAAUGAGCAAAUCUGUUCUGCCGUGGUUAAGGUACAGGCAGACCAAUAAAAAUAGUGAGACUAAGCGCUGUCCUUGAAUGCUUUCUUUUGUGUAAACUCUGGACGCACAUGGCGCGGCAGUGAAGCUCCGGCUUUGAUUUGUGUGACCAGACAGACUUAAAGUCAGUGGAACUUGAACCCACAGAAAGCUGGUUGAUACGGAAGGCAGUCUCUGUACUUGAAAGACAUUUAGGCUUGGGAAGCCAUGUCAAGGAGGUUAUUGACAUUACCUUACACAGCUAUCAGAUGAGAAUCGAAAGGUGUAACAGCAAGCUUUGAGUUUACCUUCAGCACCAUCUGGCAGGGCCGCCGUCCCAGGCACUCCCUCUCCAGCCUGUUCUCUGACCAUCUGACGAGAGUAGAUAUUUGUAAAAAUCAACCCUGCUGGGCUUGGUCUGAGCCAAGCCAAGUUGAUGGUAAGCUGUUGUCAUUUCUGCGUUUUGUAGAAUAAUUUGAGCAAAAGCUGAUAUCUUUUCUCACACCCCUUUCCUUCCACUUGACAUGCAUUUUACAUGGAGGCCCUACGGUGAAAGUUGCAAUAUUGACAUUACCUUUAGAUAACCCUUCCUCAAACUAGGAACCCUAGCAGUGUUAACCCAAAAUAAAAAAUGAGCUUGAGCCUGUCUGCCGGAGCGCAGUCAUAGAGGGGAAAAAAACAAAAAGCAAGUAUUUCCCCUUACGGAAGGUGGCCAGCUCCUAGGAGUUGAGGUGUCUCCUGCACUAACCUUUUUCUGCGCUGACCCCUUUUGUCGUGUGCUGGUAAUUCGAUGAAACGCCCUGAAGAGCAGUUUUUAAGGAGACCAAAGGAAGACGCCCCAUUUCCGGAGGUAUUGAUUGCAUUUAUCAGUUUAUAUCGCGUGCUAAAUUACCAUGCCGUGUGCUAUUUUAGUGUCCUGGGGAAAUGAAAAAUAAAACCUGUUCUUUAGCAUAAUAAAUGUCUUAUUUUACGUGUGUA